UCUCGCUCCCGCUGCCCCAUGGAAGAAAACAAUCACAACACAACACUAGCCUGAUGGGUCUCUCCGCCCCCCACUUAAUGACCGCACGCCUGAGCCACCCCCUCCAGAUUACAGACUGAAGGUCCAAGUGUCGAGGGUGGAACUGGCGUGGAACUGGCGUGGACUCGGUGACUGUGAGUCCAGUGAAUCCAGUGAGUCCUGAUCGGAUCGAGCAGUAACCAGGCCCCCCAGAAGAGUGAAUUUCCCCAGAGCCCCUGGCUAAAUCCCGGCGCCACGGAGGACGGAGGCCACGGGCUGGAACGGACUCAUUGAUUGGUCUGGCCAAGCAACCAAGUAACCAACCUACUAACUCACCAACCCGAGCGGCACUCACGAAGGGUGGAUGUUACCGUUAUGGCCAUGACUAGGAGGAUGGCCAUGGCUCACUAAGUUCCGCCCCUUGCCGCGUGUUCUGCCCGAUUCAGGCGUGAUUAUAAGCUUGGAGGGAUGGCAAACCUUAGUCCUUAGAACUUGGACGAACCCAACGCGACGAAAAAUCGAUCUGUAUUAGCCUAGCCCGCCCGGCGUUACUCGGUCAGCCGGAGGUCUGGAUCCAUUUUUGCGUCCAUUAGUUCGGUCAUCAGCCCCAUCGGCCCCAAUCAUGUCUGAAUCGUAUGACCCGCGGUAUUUCGCGGCUGGCCCCUAUCACGGGUCGACGCCACCGCAGAGCGGACCCCCUCAUAUGCGGCCCGAUGCCACUUCGGCCGAGGCAAUGCGAAUAUAUCAUCACCAACAACAGCAACAACAGCUUCAACUUCAUCAUCAUCAGCGACAACAACAACAACAACAACAACAGCAACAGCAGCAGCAACAGCAUCAGCAACAGCAUCACCACCAAAUGCACCAACCACAGCCCAGACAAUAUCCGCAUCCCGGCUACCAAUCUCCCAUGAGUACAUCACACGCCCCUCACUCGAACCCCCGACCAAUGAUUACGGCCAGUAUGGCUGUGACUCGCGCCAAUCUCCCACCCCAUUUAUCACCGGGCAUGGACGGGCGCCGAACCAGUCCGGGGGGGCCGCCUAUGAUGUCUCGAUUACCACCCGGGCUGGAAAUGCGUCGAUCAGGUGAAUUUCAAAACUCACCCCCUAUCAGUUCUUCGACUGGCCACAAUCCGACCAAUGCCGGUCCCCGACUACCACCAGGAAUAUCCAUGUCUCGUCCUGGCCCGCCGUCUACUGCACGACCCCGGGCCCCACCCCCGUUGCGACCCGCACCUUCUGCCGUUAAGAUGUUGAAUAAUUUGCCUAAAGGCCUAUCUAUUGGCCGGCCUCAGUCCUCUGGAAGUGCAGCCCCAUUGGACCGAUUAAGCCAACUGGGUGGUAUAUCAAUGCGUCCGGUCGGCAAUGUUCCUGCCGACCGCCCCUUACCCUCGCCACCUGCCCGAUCUGCACUUCAUUCUGCUUCAACGCCGUCUCAGUCGGCUACUCAGGAUGUCGCACAAGUAGCUUCCAAGUCCAAACUGAAUCUGGAUCAUUUGAAGAAGCUCAAUUUAGUUGUUAAAGCACCCGCUCCAUUGACAUCGUCAGGCUCGGCAAGUUCCCUGUUACCACCGCCCGGUCCAGUCUCAUCUACCACGACGUCUUCUUCCAAUGAUUCAGAUCAAACAACGGGAAUCAAAAAUUAUCGUCCUGAAAUCAAGGAAUCUCGCCACGAAGACAUCGGAUUCGAUCUGUCCAAAGUAAAAAUGGAACCGGGCACUGAGCCCACCAAUCAUUUCGCUGCUGCCUAUAUCAAGCAACGUGCCGCUCAAAUGCGAAUGGAGAACUCAAACAGAGCCCCGAGCCCAAAUUCAGUACCGCCCAAUCGCAAGUCAAAUAGCCAUGGCCUGAAGUCCUCGCCGUCUUUGGACACCAAACCAUCCGAUAACUUGGAGAAUGAUCAAUCGAACAUGUCCUCCAAUGCUUCAGGUUCUCCAAACUCGAAAACAGUUAAAUCAAGUACAAAUGAAAAAGAAUCUGACGAGGCAAUUUCUUUGCCCAAAGUUGAAGAGAGUAACAAUAAGUUUGAGAAAUCAACUUCACCAAAUAACGAAGACAUAGCUAAUCCUGAAAAAUCCACCGAAGAUGACGAACCUCAUAAUGCGCCAGAUGUAAGCACGACAAAAGGGUCGGACGAGAUAGAAUCCGACCAGAGCGUCAAAGCGAGUAAGAAUCUUCAACCUACGUCCUCGGAAGAUGCAGCCCAAGAUAAAAAUUCUGUUAACCCCGACGAUGAGGUUAACGACCAAACCGGACCUGAACAUUUAGAGUCGAUUAAAAAAUCUGAAGAGCCCAAAGAAGAGUGUGACGGGAAUGAUGAAGAGGAAGGUAACGAGGGUAUUGCGGAAGGAUCAGGGAAUCCUGAGACAGAUGUGAAUAUGGAUUCCCAAGAGGACGAGGAAGAAGAUAUGGAAGAGGAUGAAGUGGAUGAGGAUGGGGCUCCGAUUACUAAGAGUGAACCCGCAGAUUUGAUUCGUCGAGAGUCUGUUAAUUCGGACGAAGUGCAAUCCCCUUUCAAAAAGCCCCCUGAUUUCGGUUUCAACGAAAAUGGAUCUGCAUCCGGGCUCAGUCAGGGUGGAAACCGUUUUCGCCAUCGUUCGACAGAGAGCUUCAGUGAUUGUUCUGAAUCAGGGAAAAGCGUCAUGGAUAGUCAACAGCAAUAUCAAACUCAUUUGGCCUUUUGCAAGAAACCUUUGGUCGGCCAAGAGACCAUCUGCAUAAUUUGCCUGACGAGAUGUUGUGAUAAAGAGCCCAAGCUCUUGACUUGUCUUCACUCGACGUGUCAGGCAUGCUUUCAGAGCGCGUUAGAUGACGCCAGAAAAGAGCAUAAAACGGUGGAAAGUGUGUCUUUGGACGACGACGUUGCUCCCAUCGAGCAAGAUGUGUUCAUCUUAUGUCCUUUAUGUAAAGUUUCUACAUCGGAAACGGAAUUGAGUGAUAACUUGUUUCUUGAAGCAGAUGGUGAAGGCGACAGCAUAGGCAUUCAAGUCUGCGAGAGUUGCGACGAGGCCAAUCCUGCAGACUCUCAUUGUCAGGACUGUGAAGAAAAUCUUUGCGGUGAUUGCGUCAAAGCUCAUCAAAGAGUAAAGAUUACCAAAGACCACAAGUUGAAUAAGAUCAGCAUUCCGAAGCGUCGAAAAACAAAUGCUCUACUUGCUCCCAAGGACUUCUUUUGCACCUUUCAUCCGACUGACCGUCGAACCAUUUUUUGUGACACUUGUGAAACCCUAAUUUGCAACGAAUGCAAAAACGCGGGUCCUCACAAAGAUCAUUCCACUCGCUCGUCAUUUGAGGCAGCACCUGAUGUGAAAGAGCAACUUACUCAACAAAUAUCUGACAUCAGGCUGAAGCGAAACACGUUGGACGAAAAUCGGUCGCUCUUGGGGGCCAAGUUAAAUGAACUUGCCAUCAAGGAAAAGUCACUCAAAAACACAAUCACCGAAGUCAAGGAUUAUUUGUUGGCUCGAAUUGAAGCUCGUUUUCGAGGUUUGACCAAUGAGUUAGGGCGCGGUAUCCGUGAAAAGAGAAGAGCCAUUGAAGGUAGAAAGACGACGUUGGAUCGGUUUCAUGUCCAAACAGACUACGCUAUCGCCUUUGUGGACAACGCAUUGCUCUAUGGCGACGAAGAUGACGCCAUACUCGUAGCCAAACGGGCUCUAGAGCGCCAACUUCGCCGCUUGAAGAAAGUUGACCCAUCUACUGGGUUGUCAGAAAAUACUAGAGAGUUUAAGCUCGACCUUUACUUUCAACACUUUUCAGGACCUCAGCUUCAUACAAGCCUUGAAUCAGUAUUGAAGCAAGUCAUGAUGGAUGUCAAGAUUCUCUCUGCGCCUCCUCCUGUUCCCGAAAUCAAGCCAAACAUUCCUAUUGUCCCUCAAACUGUAAAUCCAGGGAGCUCCUUACCUCCCGGGGCAAAUUUGUCAAAUUUGGGAGGGAUGAAGACAUCGAACAAUGCCAUGAUGUCCCCGCAAGCCAGGUUGAUGGCCAAUGUUUCGCACCGGUCCCCUAAUGUGACUCCAACGAAGACUCCUUUGGCGUCCAGAGGUCGAAUGUCAUCACCAAUAGCUUCACGAGGACGAGGAGUGGUCGCACGGGGACGAUCCCCAAUGAGAGGAGGAGCCAUCUCGUCUCUACGAGGAAGAGGCAUGGCCGUUAGUCGAGGGACAGCUCGCGGAGUUGUUGGAUCUCGUAGUGGAACAGGCCGUGGAACUACCCCAGUUAAGGGAAGUCCCAGGGGAGGAAGUGGUCGUGGUAUUGCGCGUGGUAGAGGGGUCCUUACCUCUCGGGGAGUUGCAACUCGAGGGGUUCCAAGUCGGGGGCAAGCCGUAGCUACUCGUGGUUCCAGAGGCCGUGGGUCUGUAACCUCAGGUCGAGGCGCUUCAAUUGCUAUGAGCGGCAGCAACCCGAAAGGCGCCAUUGGUCGGGGUGUUGUCAUCCCCCCGAAUAUUAGCAAACAAACAGCAUCCGGCCAAAGUGUUGGUAAUCCUACGAAACGAAUCAUGUCUUUGCCUCCGGGUACGAUUGCGGUCCCCGCAUCACCGUCUACUUCCUCUUCAACCGGCAAAGGGGUCUCCCCCACCAUGUCUCUCGAACAGCAGAGGAAGCUUGAACUUGUACGACUACAACAAGAACAAAAGCAAAAGCAAUUGCAAUUGCAACAGUCUCAGAACUCAGCUGGACAACCACAAACAGACGAUCGUUACUUUAAAGCAGCCUAUGGAAGAUCGAACGGAGUGCCAAAUGGUACAUCACCUGGCCAACAGCACGCCCAAACCGUGCCUCCCCCAAAUGGACCAGUGAAUGGACCACCACAGGGUUCGUCUCUAAAUCAAAUGCAGAGUUAUCAACAACAAAUGCAACUUCAACAGCAACAACAAAUCCAAAGGCAGCAAAUGCAACUUCAACAACAGCAACAACAACAGCAACAGCUACAGCAUCGCCAGCAGAAUCAGCAUUUACCACAGCAACAGCAAAAUCAUCAUGUGGUUGGACAACAGCAAUUCCAGCAGCGACCAAGCAUGCCAAGUCAGUAUGGACAACAUCCCAGCAUGCAGCCCGGUUCCAGGCAGCCGCAAUUUAUGCAGCCAAACCAAGGCCAUCCUCCUCAUUCGACUGCAAAUCAAGCCCAGUACAACGAUGGUACCCCUCAAGCAUCCAUACAAUCUUUUUCAAAUCACCCUAGACAAGAAGCUCAACAUGGUCUACCCCCUCCACCGGUCAGUUCCAGCUCUUGGCAUAUGCCCUCGCCACAAAUUGGAGCUGGAGUAUCAAUCACUCCAUCUGGUGUGACUAGCUCAACCGUAGAAAAAGCCUCUCCUCAUAAACCACCUCUGGACAACUCUUUCAAGAUCAAAUUACCCGGAAUGAACCGGGGGUCUUCCACUUCGACGGCUGAGAUGAAAUACGAAAGUAGUAAUGUUGAUCUAAAUGACGACGUGGAAUCACUGAAAGUCAUUGAUCGAGAAGCUAGCAACAGUAAUAAGAACAUUAUUACCCUGGAGCCGUCUGUCCGCAACAAGAGGCCAAAGUCCCGCGACGAAUUACCCGAUCUCAGUUCGCUUCUAAGUGACGACGAAGAGCUUUCAGGUUCUCCGGCAGAUUGGGUGAACAAAGAACAAGAAGGCGAACCCAUCGAGCAAGAUCCUCUCAGCUUAGAUAGCAACCCAGUGGCUGGUAAUAAGAAUGAAGAACCAGAAUCUAAUGGUCAGGAGCUCUCUUCGAAUGAUCCUGAGCCUGAAUCGCCCGUAGGCCAAGAUCUGGGAUCAUUUUCAGAGCCGGUGCCGAUCAAGAUCGAGCUCUCUCUAAAUGGCAAAUCAAAGGGGAAGCGAUCAAGCCGAAGUGCUUCUAAGGCUGAUGCCGAAAUGAAAAAAGAGACCCCAAGCACAACUGAGCCAAACAAUCACGCAGGAGAAGAUAAUGACAAAGACGAGGAAUGGUGUGCCGUCUGUCACGAUGGAGGGGACAUCCUCUAUUGUUGCGAUCGGUGCCCUAAAGUGUAUCAUCUCUACUGUUACAUCCCACCCUUGACCUCUGAGCCCCCUGACGAUUGGGUUUGCCUCAUGUGUGCCACGAAGGCCGAAAUCCAACAAUUUCCCAACAAAAAGGACAAGCAAUCUGGCAAACUUGGGAAUCGAGAUCUAAAAAUUUGUCGGCGAAUCUUGUUCGAGAUGUUCAACCAGUACCCACAGAGCAUGCCCUUCAGGGAUUGUAGCGACCUGAAUUUCCCGGAGUAUUUGGAGGUAGUCAAAAAACCCAUUGCCCUCGAUAUCAUCAAGGAGAAGUUAUCUGCGGAUAACCCUGAACAAUAUGCCACCAAAGAGUUAUUUCUCAAAGAUUUGAGGAGAGUUUUCCGAAACUGUUAUAGCUUUCAUGAGCGAGAUUCAGAGUUCUUCCAGCACGCUAGGGAACUUGAAGAAUAUUUGGAUCGACAACUCGAGAUUUGGCUUCCUGAUCUUGCCUAUGAUGAAACCUUGUCCGAAGUUCUCGACGUCACGCGGGACAAGAAAAAGAAUAAGGAAAGAGAUUACAGUCCAUCGAAUGAAGAAUCAACAUCUAAAAAGCGCAAAAGAUCAGAAUCAGACGGGUCUGAUUCCCCCAAGAAGAAAAAGAAAAAGAAGAAACGAAAAGACCAGAGUGAAGAUGAUUCCAUGUCUGAAGGAGAAAAACUGGACUAUUUGGAUGCCUUAGAGGCAUCUUUGCACGACAAGAAAUCGGCCCAAUCCAAACGUGCCAAUUUCCAAUCAGAGGACCAUUCUAAAAAAGUUGGCGGUGCUGCCAAAGACGCCAUCGUACAAAACGAGGAAAAACAAACAGACGUGCCUACCGAAAUUAAUACGAAGGGCAAAGGAAAAGGGAAACGUUCGUCUGCCAGAAUUAGACGGUAAUAGCCAAAUCUGCCAUAGCACUGAUGAUCUGGAUGACUUGAAAGUGUUCUUCGAAUGUUCGAGUGUUCAACUCAAUCUUGUUGCUCGAAACAACGUUGGCUUGAUUCCCCCACCACCCCUCCUCUGCUUAAUCAACAACCCCAUCGAUCUCAAAACGUUGUUUACAUAUAAUUUAACUCUCUACGUAUAAAAGGAUUGAAAAAAAACGAUAUCGUAACGUCAUUUUAACGUGGCCCGAAGUUUGGCUUUUUACAAUUCGUCGUCGCUCUUCCAGCCAGUCUUGCCCAUAGACGAAACUUUAAUGCUAGACAAUGAAUCCGCUGAUUCAAUGGCAUUUGGAUGCCAAGAGGACUCCACUCCAUUGAACAUACGUGCCGAAUUGGCAA